GGCUUUUCCCGGCCCCGAGUCUUUGCGGCCCGGACACAGCCCGCAGCAAAGAACCUUGAGAAAGAGCGGGAUGUGGCCUUCGGGUUUGCGAAGUUACGGCGAAACACCUGCGGAAAAGAAGGAAGCGAUUUGCACUUGAGAGAGGGACCCAAGUUUGGUGUUAUAUUUCAGGGCCAUGCUGAACCUCCUAGGAACAGAAUUUAGGUGUUUGAGGAGUCAAAUUCCCUCGCCCUGACCAUCGGUUUGAAAGUAGAGAUUAGCAAGAGAAAUUAGUGACACUUCCGUCUGGUUUUUGGAUUGGAGAUGUUCUGGAGCCUGAAUCAGGAGGGAAUGAGUGACAUUCUGCCCCGUGAAAUGGGGAGCGACUUGGUUCUCCACACACAAGUGUGCAUAGUCUAUUUGUGGAUUUAGUAUGGGUUAUACAUGUACUUGGGUAGUUUCAUUUCCACGCUAAUAGCAUCCAACACAGGGAAAAUGGAACAGACUUCUUAGCCUUUUCUUCCAAAGCCAACCCCACAUGUGAUUCUUGGUAGAAAGAAGAUGCGAGCUGGCCCCCUCCAAAUCCCGGCUGUCAGCAAUAGUGCUCACUGGGACUUCCGCUUCCAUCUGCCGCUACCGCAGAGCCGACAACACACUCACUCACCGACGAGAGAGCAAAUCGAGAUUACAGCACACCAGCCAGCGGACAGGUUGUGUCCUGCUGGUGGAGCUGAAGAGAGAGAAGACGACCCCGAAGCCAAGGAGAGGACCGCAGGCUGCACAUCUCUUCCCAGAGAGAAAUUAGCCCAAUUGCAAAAGGAAAUAACAGCUGAUGAAGGAAAAAAAUGGAAAAACAAAACACCCACUGCGCUGUGCACGCUGCCUUCUUCAACACAGAUGAUGGUCCGCGAUGGCGCACAGGCCGGGAAAUGUGCUGCAUCCACCAAGGACACACUGCUGACCUGGAGGAAGACGCCAUCAGACAAGGGGAAAAAGGGAGAAAAGGAAAUCCUGGAGGCCCUGGUCAUGCUCUGCUGCUCUCGGGGUGGCCUGGCCUCUGCAGAUCCCACACACCUCCCUUCGCCUCUGCGGCGAAGCUCGUUUCAGCUGCAGAAGGCGGGGAGGACCACGAAGGAGCCGACAGAAUUGUCGGGAGGUGCCACCCACAGGUGGAACUGCGCUCUGGCUUACCUUGAAAUGGCAGCUGGCAACAUUCUUGCUGCAAAGGGUGACAGAGCAUAGGAUCUGGCAGACAGAGGGGACACAUGGGCACAGGGUUACACGCGGCCCUCCUACGCCACCCGCCUGAAGCAGGCCCAGCAGGACACCGGCUGCUGUGCCACCAUGGUGGUCCCUGCUAAUUCCCAGAAUGCUUUGGGCUUGGCGCUGAAGGCCAAGGUCUCGGGUGGCAGCCCUGGCUGGAAGCAGCCGUCUCCCGUGACCGUCUCUGCGAUGCUUAGUAACCGAUAA